CAUUUUUGAAUUCGCCACCACCAACAACAAUGGCUUCCAUGGGAGAUUACCGCGUCGCUGACAUUUCGCUCGCUGACUUCGGCCGCAAGGAGAUUGAAAUCGCGCAAAUUGAAAUGCCUGGUUUGAUGCAAUCCAUUGAAGAGUUCGGCCCUUCGCAACCGUUGAAGAACGCGCGCAUUGUCGGCUCGCUCCACAUGACCAUCCAAACCGCCGUGUUGAUCGAAACUUUGAAGGCGCUCGGCGGUGACAUCCGCUGGUGCUCGUGCAACAUUUUCUCGACCCAAGACCACGCCGCCGCCGCCAUCGCUCGCGAUGGUUCCGCCGCCGUGUUUGCCUGGAAGGGCGAAACCUUGGAAGAAUACUGGGAAUGCACGUUGAACGCCGUGACCUGGCCCGAAGAUGACGGCAAGGGAGACGGACCCGACAUCAUUGUCGACGACGGUGGCGAUGUCACCCUCCUCAUCCACGAAGGCUACAAGGCCGAACAAAAGUUCGCCCUCGACGGAACCCUUCCUGACCCUGCCUCCACCGACAACGCCGAAUUCAAGUGCGUCCUCGGUUUGAUCCGCCGCACCCUCCAAACCGACCCCACCAAGUGGACCAAGAUCGCCAAGCGCUGCAAGGGUGUGUCUGAAGAAACCACCACUGGUGUGCACCGUUUGUAUCAAAUGGAAAAGGCCAACGCGUUGCUCUUCCCUGCCAUCAACGUCAACGACUCCGUCACCAAGUCCAAGUUCGACAACUUGUACGGGUGCCGCCACUCUCUUCCCGAUGGUAUCAUGCGUGCCACCGACGUCAUGUUGGCUGGUAAGCGCGCCGUGAUCUGCGGGUUCGGCGACGUCGGCAAGGGUUCCGCCCAAGCCAUGAAGGCCGCCGGUGCCAUCGUGUACGUGACCGAAAUCGACCCCAUUUGCGCGUUGCAAGCCGCCAUGGACGGGUUCAUCGUCGUGCGCCUCGAAACCGUCGUAUCCACUGCCGACAUCUUUAUCACGACCACCGGUAACAAGGACAUCAUCAUGACCAAGCACAUGGCCAAGAUGAAGAACAACGCGAUUGUCGGUAACAUUGGUCACUUCGACAACGAAAUCGACAUGCUCGGCUUGACCCAAGCCACCAAGCGCCAAAACAUCAAGCCCCAAGUCGACCGCUUCAUCUUCCCGGACGGACACGGUGUGAUCAUGUUGGCCGAAGGCCGCUUGCUCAACUUGGGCUGUGCCACCGGCCACCCUUCGUUUGUCAUGUCCAACUCGUUCACCAACCAAACGUUGGCCCAGAUCGAAUUGUGGACCGAGAAGGACUCUGGCAAGUACCAGACCGGCAAGGUGUACGUACUCCCCAAGCAAUUGGACGAAAAGGUGGCGCGCCUCCACUUGGCCAACCUCGGCGUGGAGCUCACCGUGCUGUCCAAGGACCAAGCCGACUACAUCUCUGUGGCCGUGGAAGGCCCGUACAAGCCCGAAACGUACCGCUAUUAAACAUGUUAACAUGCUCUGUGGACGUUGGUGCGAUCGCUCUCUUGUCAUGAACCUGACGACGGAUCGAUCGCAUGGAUAUGUCCGUUGUAACACCACACA